UGAUCAGCUUAUUCUGCAGCAACGUCCAUUAGUGUGUUUUUGUGUGCGUCACGGCGGCAUUGUGUGUCUCUUUUGGACAUUCAUUACUUUAUAAGCCACUAACCUGUCAACGUGUAACAUUAGUGGAGACGAGGCUAAUGUGCUAACUUGCUAGCAGCCCUGUCGAAAGUCAACAUUUAUUUGAGUUUAAUUGUCAUUUGAAUGAGCACAAAGCUUUUUUGUUAUCCAUUGCGUGGACAUUCAUCAGCGUUGUUUACGAAGUUUUCUUCAAGAUGGCAAAGACAAACGUUACAUUCGUAAUGUUUGUUUUGGCGCCAUCUACAUGUUAUAUGCGAGUUGAUCACCACGGCAACCUUUUCCAAUAAAUACUUUGAUGUGGUGCUGGUAUAAACAACAUGGCAGAGGAAGUCCUGGACGAGCAGCUCGAGACAUCGCAGGAAGAUGAGAAGUCGAGUACAAAGAAAACCCUGUUGAAGUCAGCAGGUGACGUGAUCAUGGAGGGAAAGCGCACCAAGAAGAACGUGGAACGACUCGACUUCCAGGCGCCCAAGCACAAAGAAAAGCUGAGGAUCGCAGAAGGAAGUGGUGACAAGCUGGGAGACAUUCCACGCACCAACUUCCAGAUCAGCAAACUGAAGCCCGCUGACCUGAAGCCUCUCCACGCUAUCUUGUUUGAGCGGCCGGGGAAGGUAGGAACAUGGCCUCCGGCCCGCCUGCUACAGGCUGACCUUUGUGUUGUUUGUCAGAUGGCCACCAUGAAGAAAAACCUGCGUCUUUUCAAUGGCUUUCCUUUCAAUGCUGGCAGCGAGCAGUACCUCAAAAAGCGGGAAAAACUUCUCAGGUGUGUCAUAGUGGUUAGUCAACAUCCUUGCGAAUCGCUAACGCUGUGCCGUUGUCUUACUGAAUGCAGGAACUCUCACUUGACCAACGCUAAGCUGAAGGUGGUUUGUGGUGUCCUGGACCUGGAGAAGAAAGGGACACACUCGGAUCUGGUGGACAGGAUCCUAAUGUUCCUGCUCGCUCCAAAGAACAGCGGGAAGCGUCUUCCCGUCAAGAAGAAGAAGAGGUCCAAGAAGAAAGUGACAGCUGACCAGUCGACUGCCAAGAGCAAGAAGAAGAGCAACGCCAAUACCGGACGUGCCUCGUCCUCCUCGUCCAGCCCCAAGAAGUCCAAAGCAGGAAGUAAGUCCAACGCCAUCGUCAUGGACUCCAGCAGCGAUGACGACAACGAGGAUGACGAAGACGAGGAAGAGAAGGCAGCAGAGGAAGACAGGUCAUCCCAGAAAGACGAGGACUCGUCGGAGCGGUCCAUAGAUGAGGAAGAGGAGGUAGAGGUCACCAAGUCCAAAAAGCGUUCCCGGACGCCGGCCAAGAAGACGCCUCCUCCCAGGAAGCGGCUCAAAAGAGACCUCUCUGAUGAUGACUUGGACAGCGACGAAGCUGAGAAGGCAAAGAAGAAGAAGAAACCUGCCGCCAGGACUAAGAAGGCGGACAGCAGCAGCAGAAACACCAACACAGACACGUCCGAUGAGGACGAGCCGCUCAGCAGUCUGAUCAAACGAGCGCCGAGUGACGAGCAGCUGAAGGAGACGGUGCGUGAUCUGCUGAAGGACGCCGACCUGGAGGAGAUGACCAUGAAGCAGAUAUGCCAAAAGGUGUUUGACACUUAUCCUGAUCACGACCUGACCAGCAGGAAGGACUUCAUCAAGCAGUCGGUCAAGUCUGUGAGUCUCACACAAACACACACACUGAUUGAAGAAUGUCUCUAAUGUUGUGUGUUUAUGUCCCGCAGCUCAUCACAUGAAGAGUGGACAUGAUUGACAGUUAACUUUUUAUGUCUGGA